AUGCGUUUAACUAAUCGGUUAUGUUCUGCGUUUCUCGUUUUGCCCGUUGUCGUAGCAUUUCAGGCCAAGCUUGCGACGCCCGUCGAUGGCUUUGCCGAUACAGUGGACGAUGGCACACUCCAGAGUAUGCUCGAUAAUAUCGGCUUAAACGGCUCGAAUGCGUGGGAUACGAGUCCCGGCCUGGUUAUAGCAAGCCCGAGCAGGAGAGAUCCAGACUACUACUUUACCUGGACUAGAGACUCGGCGAUAGUGUUCAAGUGUAUUGCCGAUGCGUUUGCUGCGGGAAACACUGGCCUUCAGAGCAAGAUUCAAGAGUACAUUUCGUCCCAAGCACGUCUCCAAUUGUUGAACACUCGCUCUGGUGGCCUGUCCAGUGGCGGAUUGGGUGAACCGAAAUAUCAUGUGGAUGAAACGGCGUAUAAUGAGGAUUGGGGUCGUCCUCAGGCAGAUGGUCCGGCUCUCAGAGCUACCGCCAUGAUCGAAUAUGCAAGAUGGCUUCUUGCAAAUAAUUACUACGACGUCGCCAAGUCGAUCGUGUGGCCUGUUGUUAAAAACGACCUUUCCUACGUCAGCGAGCACUGGAAUAGCUCAGCGUUCGAUCUAUGGGAGGAGGUCCAUGGUCCCUCCUUUUUCACCACGAUAGUGCAACACCGUGCCCUUGUAGAAGGCAUUAAUAUGGCCCGCGAACUUGGUGAGAGCUGCCCUCACUGCGAGUCACAAGCGCCUCAGGCACUCUGUUAUCUGCAGUCAUACUGGACCGGGAGUGCCGUUCGAUCCAACUACGGCCAAGGCCGCUCUGGUCUCGACGCAGCCUCUCUCCUCGGCUCUAUACUCACCUUCGACCCAGAAGGAGACUGUGACGAUACUACAUUCCAGCCCUGCUCUUCACGAGCAUUGGCAAAUCACAAGGCAGUCACUGAUUCCUUCCGGUCCAUCUACAAGAUCAACGGUGGCAUCAAACAGGGCCAGGCCGUGGCAAUUGGCAGAUACCCCGAAGACGUAUAUUUCAAUGGAAAUCCAUGGUAUGUAUCGACAUAUGCAGCAGCAGAGCAGCUGUAUGAUGCUAUGCACCAGUGGAAUAGGAUAGGUAAAGUCACAGUGACGGAUGUUUCAUUGCCGUUCUUCAAAGACAUAUACCCGCAAGCGCAGACUGGCACGUACGAGUCGUCCAGCGCAGAGUUUGAGAAGAUCAUCGCCGCAGUGAAGGCUUAUGCGGAAGGAUAUAUCGAAGUUACGAAAAAAUACACACCAUGUACCGGUAUGCUGUCAGAGCAGUUUUCAAGGGAUAACGGGCUUCCGUUGUCUGUUGCAGACCUCACAUGGUCUUACGCCUCUUACUUGACCGUCAUGGCCCGACGCAACUCAGUAAUGCCUUCUUCAUGGGGUGAAAAGGGCGCCAGAGACCUCCCUUCGACAUGCGCGGCUUCUUCAGCAACGGGGCCUUACCAAACAGCAACAAUAACCUAUUGGCCCCCAAAUCUCACGCCCACCGCAGAGCCCACACCGUGUCCCACGACUCUCCCAACGAGAAACAACGUCCGCUUCAGGCUGCUCGCCACGACGCAAUUCGGUGAAAACCUCUUCAUUGCCGGAUCGAUCAAGGAGCUGGGCUCGUGGGACGUCAACAAGGCUGUGCCUCUUAAAUCGGAUAUAUACGGAGCCGAGUGUCACCAGUGGUAUGUUGAUAUCGACCUGCCAACCAGCGUGGCAUUCGAGUAUAAGUUCAUCCGCAAGACGGGAGGGAAUAUCGUGUGGGAACAAGACCCCAAUCGGAAGUACACGGUGCCGCAGAGCUGCGGCAUAUCCGGCGCGAUUAAGAGGGAUACUUGGAGAUGA